AUGACGUCACAAGAGGGGGAUGCUGCUGGUGCUGCACCUGCGGAGGUUUCUGCUGCUGCCCCAGCAGCAGCAGCAGCAGCAACAGCAGCAACAGCAGCAGCAGCAACAGAGGCCGCAACUGCUGCGGCAGCAGAAGUGUCCAAACCAGUAAGUAGCCAGCGAGCCGAUGGUAGUGAAGGCGUACAUAACACCAGCAGCAGCAGCAGCAGCAGCAGCAACAGCAGCAGCAACCGCAGCAGCAGCAACAACAGCAGCAACAGCAACAACAGCAGCGGCAGCAAAAGCAGCAGCAGCGAUGGAAGCAGCUCGAACACGAGCAGUGUGGGCAGCAAUGCAAAAGACAGCCAGAGCGCCCCUAGCAGCAGCAGCAGCACCAACGGCGCCACCCCUAGCAGCAGCAGCAGCAGCAGCAGCAGCAGCAGCAGCGACAAGGCCGCAACCCCUGGCAGCACCGGCGACAGCCACAGCAGCCCCGGUGCCAGCAGCAGCAGCAGCAAGAGUGCUUUACGUAGCAGCAACAGCAACAACGCGCAGACCCCCUCUGGCAACAGCAGCAGCAGCAACAGCAGCAGCAGCAGCAGCAACAGCAGCAGCAGCAGCAGCAGGCUUGGCCCCUCCGCUGCUGCUGCUGCUGCCCCCAGCAAACGCGAGCCUCUAAAUGCUCUCGGGGGGCCCCCCAAGCGGCUGCAGUCAGAAAUACGUGCUGCUUCUGCUCGCCCCGACAGCAGCAGCAGCAGCAGCAGCAGCAGCAGCAGCAGCAGCAGCAGCAGCAGAGAUGGGUACAGAGACAGGUACGGGGACAGCAGCCAGAGGUAUGGGGGCAACAGAGACAGAGGCGGCGGGAGAUACAGAGACAGCAGCAGCAGCAGCUACAACAGCAGCAGCAGCUACAACAGCAGCAGCAGCAGCUACAGCAGCAGCAGCAGGGAUCACGGGAGCUGGAGCAGCAGAAACCACCCUGAGGGCGCGAGAAGCAGCAGCAGCACCAGCAACAGCAGCAGCAGCAGCAGCAGCAGCAACAGCAGCAGCAGUAAGGGAGAUAGCGCACCAAGGCCCAGUGCCUCAGCAGGAGGCCCCAGUAACAGCAGCAGCAGCAACCCCAGCAGCAGCAGCAGCAGCAGCGGCAGCAGCAGCAGCAGCAGUCCUGGAGUUAAGGGCAGUGCGACCAACUCGAAGGGCGCCGUGAGCAGCAGCAGCAACAACAGCAACAGCAGCAGCAGCAGCAACAACAGCAGCAGCAGCAGCAGCAAGAGCAGCAACAGCACAGACAGCAGCAGUAGCAGCAGCAAUGCCAACAGGAGCACCAACAGCAGCAGCAGCAACAGCAGCAGCGCCAAUACCAGCAGCAGCAGCAGCAACAGCAGUAACGCCGGCAGCGGCAGCAGCAGUAGCAGCAGCAGCAGCAGCAGCAGCAAACCCGGGAAGCUGCCUGCGGUUUUGCUGCUCGGGGAGCAGCAGCAGCAGCAGCAAAAAGAAGUUCAAUCUCUAGAAGAAAUAGAAAGAAAAAGAAAAGAGGCCGAACAGCCAAAAAGGAUUGCUUUUGUGUCUAGGAAGCAAAGGGAAGCGAGGCAGCAGCAGCUGCUGCAGCAGGAAGUGGAGCAGGCGAAGAAAAAGGAAAGAGAAAUGAUUAACAAGCGGCGGCUCUUCUUGCAGAGAGAGGAGAUAGAGAGGGAACGGGAAAGAAGGGAAAGACAAAAGAGAAGAGAUAUGGAAAGAGUCAAGGAAGAGCAAGAGAGAAAGCUGCGUGAAGAGCAAAUGCGGCAGCAGCGGGAACAGGAGAAGCAGCAAAAGCCCAAAGACGCGAGCGUUUUGGCAAACCUCAAGCUGCUGAAUUUGCCGGAGCAGGAGCUCCGCGCCAAGCAGCAGGCAAGGGAAAAAGAGCUCGAGCAAAUUCGCAUGCAUUAUUUGGGGAUGAAAAAAGAGAAGAAAAAAAUUCAGAAACCCUCCGAAAAAUUCAGGAACAUUUUUAACUUUGAAUGGGACGCCAGCGAAGACACCAUGAGGGGCGACAACAACCCUCUUUACCAAAACCGCCUGGAGCCGCAGCUGCUGUUUGGCAGAGGGUUUAGGGCGGGUAUGGAUAUUCGUGAACAGCGCAAAGCGAAUAACUUCUAUGACGAACUCGUCAAGCGGCGCCAAGAAUACGAACAGAAGCAGCGACAACGUGGGGCAGAAGAAGCAGCAGCAGCAGCAGCAACAGCAGCAGCAGAGGCAGCUCGAGCCAGCGACAAGAAGAAGACUAAAGACCUCGAGGUAAGCAGCAGCAGCAGCAGCAGCAGCAACGGCAGCAGCAGCAGCAGCAGCAACGGCAGCAGCAGCAGCAACAGCAGGACAUGCAGCACCUGGAGCGACAGCAGCAAGAACACAACCAGCGCCAUUGCGGCUGGCUCUGCUUCCAAGAGCUGCAGCAGCAGCUGCAGCAGCAGCUGCAGCAGCAGCUGCAGCAACAACAGUAACAGCAGCAGCAGGAGUGAAAACGACAGCAGCAGCAGCACGACUAGCAUCAUCAUCAUCAGCAGCAGCAGCAGCAGCAGCACCAGCGCCAGCAGCAACACCAGCAGUUCCAGCAUCAGCAGCAGCAUCACUAGCAGCAGGAUCAGCAGCAGCAGCAGCAACAGAAUAACCCUCACUAUCAGCACCAUCAGCAGCAGCAGCGACCGCAGCAGCAGCAAGAGCAGCAGCAGUAUAACCAGCAGCAGCAGCAGCAGCAGCAGCACAACCACCACACUCAGCAGCAGCAGCAGCAUACCCACCACCACCACCACCACCAUCAUCAGCAGCAGCACCAUCAGCAGCAGCAGCAGCAGCAGCAGCAGCAGCAGCAGCAGCAGCAAAUUGUGA